AUGGAUAGGGUUAAUUUGAUAACGAACAAGGUUUUACAAUUAGAGGAACACUACUUAUCGAGCAUCAAUAAGGCUUGCGAACCAACGCCAAUAUUCAAAAUCUUGAAAACUAGCGGUACUCAAACCAGUUCAACCCUUGAAAAGAUACCCACUACACAAAAUAAGCCUCCGAAGCGGAAACCUCAAUCUCAACCUCAACCAAAUAUCGAACAUCUCGGAACUGAUAAGGAUCAGUCUGUGUUUACUAUCCCCAGCACAAAUAAAGUCUCAUCUGUGGCUCCUGUUCUCAGUGCUCAAAAGAUGAUGCAUGAAGAAUAUUCCGAGUCUUCCGUCUAA